GAUGAGACAAGAACUGCCUGUUCUAAUGUAGCAAAUGCCGACGAGACGAACACAAGGUCGAACAGCAUUCGGUCUCCUCGAGUCUCUCGCAGCGAUGUUACUAGCAUGGACACGCCAUUUGUUUCUCCUGGGCAACGUGUCGAGCCGGACGAUGACGUUGAUGACGCCACUGACGCUGAUGUCGUCGUUAAUUUUGUCUUACCAUCUUUAUCUGCAAAUUCGCUGGACAUCAACGAUUUUAUCGCACAGGCACGUCUAGAAUCUCGCACAGCGUCCAGUAUGGAAGACGAUUUCUACACCAACAGCGAACACUCAUCUGCAGUGGACGAACAAGAUGAAACAAGUAAAGCAGUGCAGUUCAAAAGAACACUGACGAAUCCUGGAGAUGCUGAAGACAAGUGUGUUAAAUCCACGAAAGAAGAGAUGGCCACCUCAGACAAUGAGGAUGAUGACUGUGUGUUGCCUUCUGCAUCGAGCGAUUCUAUGGAUAUCAACUACAUCUAUGCCCAGGCACGUGCAGCGUCUCGAACAGCCGCCAAUAUGGAUGAUGACUUCUGCUGCAAUGAUAGCUCAUCUUCUGAUGAAGAGGAUCCCGCCGAUGCAAGAAGAUACGUGCCAGGCAAGACAACAGAAAAGGUAUCUGCAGAGACUAGGGGUAAAAGUGAAAGUUCCAAAAGAAUGCCUACAACACCUAUGCCAGACACAAAAGAUGAUGACUGUGUGUUACCUUCCAAAUCCGGUAACUCUAUAGAUAUCAGCCACAUCAAUGCCCAAGCACGUGCAGCGUCUCGAACAGCCGCCAAUAUGGAUGAUGACUUCUGCUGCAAUGAUAGCUCAUCUUCUGACGAAGAGGAUCCCGACGAUGCAAGAAGACACGUGACAGGCAAGGCAACAGAAAAUGUAUCUGCAGAAACUAGGGAAAAAAAUGAAAGUUCCAAAAGAAUGCCCACGACGCGCAUGUCAGACACAAGAUCUGCAGCUAAAGAUGACGACUGUGUGUUUCCUUCUGCAUCCGGUGAUUCUAUGGAUAUCAACUACAUCUAUGCACAGGCACGUGCAGCGUCGAGAUCUGCCGCCAAUAUGGAUGAUGACUUCUGCUGCAAUGAUAGCACGUCUUCUGAUGAAGAAGAUCCCGACAAUACGAGAAGGUAUGUGACUGGCAAGACAACAGAAAAGCUGUCUGCAGAAACUAGGGAUAAAAGUGAAAGUUCCAAUAGAAUGCCCACCACGCCUGUGUCAGACACAAAACCUGAAGCUGAAGAUGAUGACUGUGCAUCGGGUGGUUCUGUCGAUGUCAACUACAUCUAUGCCCAGGCACGUGCAAUUUCGAGAUCUGCCGCCAAUAUGGAUGAUGACUUCUGCUGCACUGAGAGCAUGUAUUCUGUUGAAGAGGGUAACGAUUUGGCAAGAGUUGGCGCAGCAGAAAGUACGACAGAAAAGCAAUUUGCAGAAAGCAGGGACAAAAGUAAUACCCUUGAAUUGGCCAGCGCAAAAGACAGUUUUGAUCGCCUCCAAGGAACGCCCAGUCUGCAACGGUCAAACUCAGCAGAGCAAACUGAAUAUUCUCAAAGGGCGCCUUCGUCGCGCAGCCAAGCAGACGGCAUUGAAUUCGUAGCAGAAGACGAUAACAGUGUGUUACCUUCCGCAUCCGGUGAUUCAAUGGAUAUCAACUACAUCUAUGCCCAUGCACGUGCUGCGUCUCGAACAGCCGCCAAUAUGGAUGAUGACUUCUGCUGCAAUGAUAGCUCAUCUUCUGAUGAAGAAGCUGAUGAUGUUACAAGGAGGAAUGUGGAAAACAACACGCCAGAAAAACAUUCUGUGGAAACAAGCAGUCGAAUUCCUCAAAGAAGCCCCACACCGCACAUGUCAGGUACGGCAGAAGAUGCUGCUGUUCUUCAAAAACCGCCCAUACAGUACGCGUCAAGCAAAGCAGACGACACUGAUUCUGAAGCUGAAAAUGAUGAGUGUGUCUUCCCUUCCGUAUCCGGCGAUUCUAUGGAUAUCAACUACAUCUAUGCCCAAGCUCGUGCAGCGUCUCGAACAGCCGCCAAUAUGGAUGAUGACUUCUGCUGCAAUGAUAGCUCGACGUCUGACGAAGAAGAUCCUUAUGACGGAGCAACGGAGGCGUCUAACAACAUGGCAGGUAUGCUUCUCGUGGAAAGAGGUCAGUGUUCUCAAAGAAGUCCAAUACUGCACGGGUUAAGUACAGCACAAAAUCCCGAUUAUCAAAAAAGCACGCACUCACCGCGCGUGCCAAGUCAAGCAGACGACACUGAUUCCGAGGCUAUAGACGGUCACUCCAUCAUACAUUCUGCAUCCGGCGAUUCUAUGGAUAUCAACUACAUCUAUGCACAGGCACGUGCAGCGUCGAGAACAGCCGCUAAUAUGGAUGACGACUUCUGCUGCAAUGAUAGCACGUCUUUUGAUGAAGACGACCAAAAUGAUAUGACCGGUACCAAAAAGACUAAGAUGGUAACUUUCGCAAAGUUUGAAACUGAGACGGAACUUGACGAAACCCGUACGAGAAGCAUAGCCGGAGCGGCGACUCCGUACAUACACGGAAACCAGGGCCCAGUUGACCCAGGCAGCAAGACUUACGAAGCUUUGGAUCCAUCCAGUUUAAGAUGCCCUGUACAUUCUGACACGAUUGGUGUCAAUUCUGACACGACUGGUGUCAAUACUGAUAACUCAUCUAGUUUAGGCAAACAGUUAGCAGAAAUCUGUGAUAACAUUCCCAUGGACAACAGCAACACUGCCAAAAGCGCUUCACCGAAAACGUCGGCGAGGUUCGAAAUGGUCGAAAGGGUGAUCGAUGGAGCCGAAAACGAUGAGCGACCAGUUAAAAGCAAGACCGCAAAUGCGGAUGACAAUAGAUUUAAAAAUUUCUUUCAACGUGUUAUUGACCGAAGUUCAGAUACACUAUCGAUCUCUGCGGAAGCCAUGAAUGCUUUGAAACAUUGCAGGGCUAACACGCCUUUUCUGUUCGCCCAUAACGAUAAUUUGUUUAUGGAGAGCGACGAAGACGACUGCGAAAAUGGUGCAAGAUGUGAUCACGGGACUUCUACACACAUUAAUACUACAGCUGACAUUGAAAAAGAACUGAUAUCGUCAGCUCGCAAUAAAGACAACAGUGAUACCAAAGAUGAGUUAGCCGUCACGGCGUUAGUAGAAGACGAUGACGAUAACGCUCUGCAAGCUUUUUACCCUACCAGCCCCACCGAAAUAUCGCUGACCGGAAAAAUACAGGAGAUAAAUGAAAGAGCCAGUUCCCGUGUGAGAACACCAUGCGCUCUUCUCGACUUACUCAGGAAUCAAGGGCAUACGUCACCCGUUUUUGAAAGUUCUUCGGAUGGAUUUGUCCUUGACUUUGAUGAUACAACUAGACUAAAAGACGUUAAAACUUCCCAAUCUCCAAGAAGGAAAUCUGCAGAGACUGUUGAAUACAGUGCAGGGGCACCAACACGUCCGAACAGCGAAACAGAGUUCUAUAAAACUGUUUUGAAUGGAACACAGAUACCCAUUGUUCCAUAUGCUGGUAAACCUUCACGUGGGCGGGAAGUUCCGCAUGCCGAUAAAUCUUCCAGACGAGUCCACCUUAUUCCAAAAGCCGGUAAACCCUCUGCAACAUACACGCCUGUUAUAGCAGAUGAGGUGACAGGUCGUUUCUGCAUAACCUCUACAGAGGGAUCCGCGAUUAGAUCACAGAAGGAAUGUACGACAGAAACUUCAAUAUCUAAAUUGUCAACGAAUCUUAGAGUUGAACUUUCAGACCCGUCACUGCCUGAUCUUCAAUCCAACAAAAGUCGACCAGCAAAAAAGAAAAAGAAGGGAAAGGGUUCAAAAAGAGUAAAAGAAGAACUGGUGGCUGUGAGUAGACUGUCUCCAACAUCGAUGUUCAAGGCAUCUGUUCUAGGUCCAGUCAAGAGCGACCAAAACGACCAAUUAAUGGCUGACGCACAAGCGAACAGUCAACAAAGCAAGAAGAAGAAGAACACAAAAAAGUCAAAAAGAGUGAAAGAUGAGUUGGGGUCAGUGAAUAGGCUGUCUCCAACAUCGAUGUUCACGGCAUCUCUUCUGGGUCCAAUCAAGAGCGGUCAAAACAACAGAUUGGUGACUGACGCACAAACAAACAGUUCUAGGGACAACAUUGACCGUGGCGUUAUUGUUACAUCUGUACAAGUAGGGAAGACAUCAGCGGCUAAAAUUUAUGAAAUGGAGGGGAAGAUUUUACAGAAUGUCAUUACUAAACUUGGGGAUAACUGUGACCACUUAGGACAGAAUCUAGUUGAGGGAGAUACAACACCUGUUUCCGGACAUCUUCAAACUAGAAGUCUGACAGUUGCUAAAUUUCGCAGUCAACUUAAUCGGACCUGUAUACUUCUACCAGAAAUAGGUGAGAAGCAGGAUAAGAAACAGCCGGGAUAUUCCGAAUUUCUCCCGGACACCAUCUACAAAAGAGACAAAGACAGACAAGAGAAACUCAGGGAAUUCCAAGUCAAAGUGGAAAAAGUAAAUAGGAAAACUACUUUGCUAUUAGGUCCACAAGGAGAACAUCUAGAAAUGGAUACGAAAGGCAAGGAAGUCUAUAUAGACAGUGGAAUCCCACGACCGAAGAGCUACCAAAACAGUCUAUCUAUUGCCGACAGACAAACGAACAGUUCUAGGGACAACAUUGACCAUGGCGUUAUUGAUACAUCUGUACAAGUAGGGAAGACGUCAAUGGCUAAAAAAUAUGAAACAGAGGAAAAUAUUUCACAGAAUGUCAUUACUAAAUUUAGGGAUAACAGUGAUCGCUUAGGACAGCAUCUAGUGGAUGAAAAUACAACACCUGUUACCGGAUGCCUCCAAACUACAAGCCUGACAGUUGCUAAAUUUCGUACGCAGCUGAAUCGGACCUGUAUACUUCUCCCGGAAAUAGGUGAGAAACAGCAUAUGAAACAGUCGGAAUAUGCUGAUAUUGUCUCGGAUACAACCCACAAAACAGACAUACAUAGACAGGAGAAACUAAGGAUAUUCAAAUCCAAAAUGGAAGAAAUAAAUAUGAGAGCCGCUUUGAUGUUAGGUAUGCAGAAAGAAUCUAAAGGAAAAGCAAUGAACGACAAGGACAUCUACAUUGAGAAUGGAAUCCAACGUUGUCACGGCUCUCACGAAUUGUCGGGUUUCACAGAAAUCACACAUGAUCAAAAACAGUUUGACUCUGGAAUGAAUAUGUCCGAGAACCAAACUGGAUUUACACCACAUGCACCUUCUGGUCCUAAACCAUCUUUCGUCAGAAGACGAAAGAAGUAUAGACAGUUGUCCGUCGACGAACAACAAAAACUGAAAUUAAGAAUUGAGAAAAACGAAAUUUUGGUUCCAAAAGCACCUGCUAAACAAAAAAUGAAUAAUAAUUCCAACAAAGUGUCAAAGUCAGAGAGAAGAAUUUUUAAAUAAAUGAUUCAUUUUA